GGGGGGAUGAUCUGUUCCGCGCUCCCGUGGCUGUACCGGGCGGUCGUUCCUGCCGCUGUCCGCCUCUGCUCGGCUGCGAAGCCCGUGGGCGUUGGGCCUCGUGGGUGCUCAGCCCCGGAAUUGCGGUUUUCCCCCACGGGUGUGCCUGUGUGGUCGUGUGCCGCCGAAGAGGAAGGGUGGGAGUCUGUGGGCUGCAGCUCACGCUGUGGUCUGUGUUUUUCCUCAAAGCUGAUGCGGACCUGGAAGACUUGCCCACCUGGAGGCAGAGGAUUGUGGUCCCCUGCGCUCUCGUGGGGUCCUGUCUUUACCCGUCUAAUAAAGCAUGUGGACAUGCUGUCAUCCCAAUACGUGCCUCAAGGUUAAUACAUAAAUAUUACUCUGUGAAAGCAACUUCUUUCCCCCCACAAACACUGUAGCCCACUUGUUGCUGCUGCAGCACAUCCACAGGAAAGUCCUUGUGCAACGGUUAUGUGGAACACUGAAUCUUCAAUGUGUCUUGCAAAUAUAUCAGUAUCUUACUGCAGAGUAAAAUGGAUCCUGAAGAAUGAACAGGGAACAACAGCUCUUGCCUUUCACCAGAUCUUUGACUCCCCUCAUUUUCCUUAUCUGUGGACCAAGAUAACAUAAGUUGGGGGGGGGGGAGAACAGCAUCUUCAAAGCUCAUAUAAAUGUUUGCAGUAAUAUUUGGAAGCUGCAUCUACAUUGCUCCCAUCUAAUUACACAGGAAAGGUACAUUCAGGUAUUGUUCUGAGAACUAAAAGCCUGUAUCAAGGAGACAUUUCUAGCAUGUAUUCAUGAUGCAUUUAAGAUGCAUCUUCAAAACCACUAUGAAUAUUUGGCAGAUGAUGGCAAGCAGUUAGCAUCUGGGAGUUACAGAGAGUAGCUGCAACAAAACAAAAGAAACGCUAGCUAAUAAAUGGCAUUACGUUUUUAUUACAAAAUGUGUUGACUACUCUCUUUAAAUUGUUGAGUACUUUGUUUAGGAGGGAGUUGAGAUUUUGACUGUAUGUCACUGUACUGCCAUCUAGGAAUCAAAUGCUUUUUUUUUUUUUAAACCCUUCUCAGCUGAAGGCAAAGACUGCAAGGGGUAUGGUAUUAUUUUAGCUGUGUAAGUGGUCCCACCGGGUUCUAACAGGGUCAAACAUCUAGGUAUUAAAAUUGCUGUUGCCCGUCUUAUCCCUGUUUGUGUUCUCUUUCUAUGCGUUUUGGAAGUUUUGAUCACAGGCAGGUUUUGAUUCAAAGUGGUUGAGCAUAGUGUAGUCUCAUCAUGGAGAGUUUCAUCUAGAGGAAGUUCUUUACCUUAGCUCUUAAAUGAGAAUGAAUCCAGUACAGUUUCUGUUGCUAGGUCAAGAGCAUAUCUAGUUGCAAAGAUGGGCAGACUGUCUUUCUUUUAAUAGAGCUAGCCAGCUAUUCCUGUCAGUAUGACAACUGUUAUUUUUCUUUUUGAAUGCUGUUUUGGAGUAUUUGAUAGUUGGCGUGCCAUCAGUUUUUUACAACAAAUUAUGUAUGACUGUUAGAUAACUGUUUCUCAGUGGAGAAAUGUUUGUCAGGGAAUACGGUAUUGAUUAAGGUUAAGUUCUACUUUGUUUUGAAUAACGCUGCUGGAAUUUGAUACUUUCAAGUCCCCUACGUAACGCUAGAAUGUGCUGUGAAGGAUUGGAGUACUUAUAUGUGAGAAGGGCUACAUUUUAAGAUUUCAUUGGCUGGAUGCUACUUAGGUCUGUCAGUGGCUGCUGGUCAACAUGAGUGUUUCUCUUUUUUGAACAAAACGUUGGGUUAGAAGAAGACAUGAAAAAGUAAUGUUUCAGAGCAGGAAUAAAAAGUGAAGAACCUUGAUGGGAUUAGUGGUUUGUGCCUUUAUUUGGGAAAAAAAAAUGCCUAAAUUUCCUCUUGAUAUUUUUCUCCUGUUUCCAUAGGAGAAAUAUUAGUGUCAAAGAAUGACAACAACUGCUUCACCAAGCGGAUGCAUUGUGCAAGAGGUCAUUAUUUACAGCUACCAACUUUAUUGAACUCUUCCUUACAUUCCAUCCUUUUUUUCUUUUAGAAGUUGGAAGACAACGUAGGUUUGAUGUUUUGUAUGCCAUCCACUGAAAUUGGGGCCAUCAUGAAUAUAACCAAGGGUGGACUGGUACUGUUUUCGGCUAAUUCAAAUUCCUCAUGCAUGGAACUAUCAAAGAGGAUUGCUGAGCGCUUAGGAGUUGAAAUGGGGAAAGUUCAGGUUUAUCAGGAGCCAAACAGAGAAACAAGAGUGCAGAUCCAGGAGUCUGUGAGAGGAAAGGAUGUGUUUAUCAUCCAGACAGUUUCAAAGGAUGUGAAUACUACAAUCAUGGAACUCCUGAUCAUGGUGUACGCUUGUAAAACCUCCUGUGCCAAAAGCAUUAUUGGAGUGAUUCCUUACUUCCCGUAUAGCAAGCAGUGCAAGAUGAGAAAAAGGGGCUCCAUUGUCUCUAAAUUACUGGCUUCAAUGAUGUGCAAAGCUGGACUAACUCACCUUAUUACCAUGGAUUUACAUCAGAAGGAAAUACAGGGCUUCUUCAAUAUUCCGGUUGAUAACUUGAGAGCAUCUCCAUUUUUACUGCAGUAUAUCCAGGAAGAGAUACCAGACUACAGGAAUGCUGUAAUUGUGGCCAAAUCACCUGCGUCUGCAAAGAGGGCACAGUCGUUUGCUGAACGCCUACGGUUAGGAAUUGCCGUAAUUCAUGGGGAAGCUCAGGAUGCUGAGUCUGACAUGGUGGAUGGUCGACACUCACCACCUACAGCCAAAAAUGUAGCUGCUAUUCAUCCCAGUUUGGAGAUACCCAUGCUAAUUCCAAAGGAAAAACCACCCAUCACAGUUGUUGGAGAUGUAGGAGGAAGAAUCGCCAUCAUUGUGGAUGACAUUAUAGAUGAUGUUGACAGCUUUCUUGCUGCAGCUGAAACCCUCAAGGAAAGAGGGGCCUACAAAAUUUUUGUAAUGGCCACACAUGGCCUGCUCUCUUCAGAUGCUCCCAGGCUGAUAGAGGAAUCUGCAAUUGAUGAAGUUGUUGUUACAAACACAAUUCCACAUGAAAUACAAAAACUCCAGUGCCCUAAGAUCAAGACUGUAGAUAUCAGCAUGAUCCUCUCGGAAGCCAUUCGCAGAAUCCACAAUGGGGAGUCCAUGUCAUACCUUUUCAGAAAUAUAGGACUGGAUGAUUAAUGCUUUUUAUUCUAAAGGAACACCCCGGGCCAAACUGGAAGAGAACAGAUAAUGAGCUGUGAAGCAUCAUGCUUAUCUUAAUAUUUCAAUUGAGCCACUUUUUGUUUUCUCUUGGUUUAAAUAUCAAGGUAGAACAGAUUUUAAGAGCUAUUUUUUCUUUGUAAUUUUUUUUUGGGGGGGGGAGGGGGCAGGGAAUAAACAUUUUACAGAAAAUUGUUCUAGUUGCUUUUAGGUUAGUUGCACCAUAUACAUAACCAGAAAAAAAAAACACUUGAGGCGAGAAUUUGGCUUCUAAAUUAAGCAUUCCUUUUCCAAAGCUGCUUGCUUACAAGUGCUAUAAAGAUAAUAAAAUGAAGUGACUGUAUAAUAUUUGCAUUUUAAAAGCCAAAAGGGUUGUACUGUUGUAUGCAGUUCAGUGAUUUUGUAGGAGUGCUUUUAUAGAAAAGCAUAUGAAAUAUGCACCUGUAUUUAUUUUCUGCGACAAAGAAUAAAGAUUUGUUUUGUGUGAGCUUU